CAUGUUCCGUGUUCCCAGAUUACCAGCCUUAUCCCCGUGGAAACCAACCGUUGAACCAGUCCUUAGCUUGACUGAAACGAUCCAGAGAUGCCCAAAAAGAAAACCGGUGCCCGGAAAAAGGCCGAGAGCCGAAAAGAGCGAGAGAAACAAUCCCGAGCCAACCGGGAUGUCAUCGACGUGGCCAAACAUCCCUGCAACUUCACCAUGGAAUGCGACAAAUGUCAGAGAAAACAGAAGAACAGAGCUUUCUGCUACUUCUGUAAUUCAGUGCAGAAGCUUCCUACCUGCGCUCAGUGUGGCAAAACCAAGUGCAUGAAGUCUUCAGAUUGUGUCGUCAAACAUCCUGGGAUCCACACCACUGGAAUGGCCAUGGUGGGGGCAGUAUGUGACUUCUGUGAAGCUUGGGUGUGCCACGGUAGGAAAUGUCUGAGCACUCACUCCUGUGUGUGUCCGCUCACUGAUGCAGACUGCAUCGAGUGUGAUCGUGCCGUCUGGGAUCAUGGAGGGCGUAUCUUCCGCUGUAGCUUCUGUCACAACUUCUUGUGUGAGGAUGAUCAGUUUGAGCAUCAGGCAAGCUGCCAAGUCCUCCAGGCAGAAACAUACAAAUGUGUUUCCUGUAACAGACUGGGACAACACUCCUGUCUGCGCUGUAAGGCAUGUUACUGUGACGACCACGCCAAGAGUAAGGUCUUCAAACAGGAGAAAGGCAAAAACCCUCCCUGCCCCAAGUGUGGUCACGAGACCCAAGAGACCAAAGACCUCAGCAUGUCAACUCGCACUAUGAAAUAUGGCCGGCAGGCUGGAGCUGAUGAUGAUGACGACGAAUACGGAGCGUCAGGGUACGACUCCUACUGGAAGAACCUGGCCUCUGGAGGAGGACAACAGCAGGAAUAUGGAGACGACGAUGAGGACGAAGAAGAUGACGACGAUGAUGACGACGAAGACGACGAUGAGGAGGAAGAUGAUGAUGAAGAAGAUGAAGUGGAAGAGGAAAAAGCUGCAGGUGCCGUGGCUGGUCUUAAACUGGACUGAGCUGAGAGAAAGCCUGCAGAGCACAGUCCCAUAGAUCCAAAAGAUCCUCUGCAGAUGUUCACUUGUUACAGCACAGGAAAGCAUAGAGAUAUCAUUCAACUUUUUUGUUUGGUUUAUAUUUUCAUUCUAAUUUGGUAUAUUCGCUACACACACACACAAAUUCUGUGUUUGGUUGGUUUUUAAACCCUGUUACAGCAGGGAACUAAAUGUACAUCAUGUUAUAUUCACAAUGUCUUUACUGUGUAAUACAUGUUGAUCUGCGGAGUAAAUAAUGUGUCAUAUUGUGGUAAUCUGAUCGGGGUUCCCCUGCUUCAAUGCAACACAAAGGUUGUUCAAACAGCAUGACAUACGUACCCUGAUCCCUUUAAUGCAUUUGAGAAGACAUGUUGGUGUUAAACAUGCCAUUAAAUAAUGAAAUAAUACUAUUGGAGUGAUCAUUUCCAAAUGGCAGGGAUUGGUUGUCAUGUCUUGAGUAGCGAUUGACUGAACUUUUAUUAUGACAUGCACUGGAGAUGACCAAGUGCUGGUGAGCAGUUGGGGAAUACGUACUCUGAUCCUUUACUUCACUUUACCUAAGUAGAAAUACUUUGGUCUGAAAGUCCGGAAAUCAAAAUUUAGCUUGAGUAGACAUUACAGAAGUAUGAUCAGCAAAAUGCACAAAAAAUAUCAAAAGGAGAAGUACUCGUUAAGCUCUCUCUCUUAACAUCUUUAUUAUAUAUUGGAGCAGAUUCAACCAAAAAAAAAAUUCCAUCCAACCAGAAAGUGCAAAGGGUAAAAAAGCACAUUUGUUUUCAAUUAAUGAACAGAACAAAUAUAAGGUGCAGGGUUUACAGAUAAAUACAGAUGUUAUAAAUAGUAAAUAAAGACAUUGUUAAUGAG